AUGGCGGCGGCGCGGCGUGGCGAGCAGCUCGACCUCCCCAGCUUCCUCGGCAGCGGCGGCGCCGCGGUGCCGCUGCUGCUGUACGCCGACGACAUGGUCCUGCUGGCCACCUCAGCGGCCGGGCUGCAGCGGCAGCUAAACCUGCUCCAGCAGUACUGCCGGCAGUGGGGCCUCACUGUCAACAUCGACAAGACCAAGCUCAUGCUGCUCAGUGGGCGGCGGACCCAGCACGCGGCGCAGCAGACAGCAGAGGCAGCAGGCCUCACCUUCGUCGGCCAGCAGCUGGCGGCAGUCACCAGCUUCAAGUAUCUCGGCAUCGCCUUUCACUCCAGCACCUGCCUGGCAGGGGCAGCAACGCCAGCCCGGGCACAGCUGGCGCGCCUGGCUAUGCACAACUGCCGGACCCGCUGCGCAGAGGUGGGCAUCGAGGCGGCGCCCGUCCAGCUGCGGCUUUUCGGCACCAUGGUGGACUCGGUGCUGUCCCAUGGUGCUGAGGUGUGGGGCGUGCAGCUGGCGGCCAAAGCGGCGUGCUGCCAUCGUGGCAGUGCCGGCAGCGCGGCCGAGAAGCUGCAACUCAGCUACCUACGCCACCUGCUGGGGGUCCGGCAGAGCACCCCCAAUGCGGCCCUCCUUGCGGAGACUGGCGAGCGCCCGCUGUGGCAGCGCUGGCUGCGGCGGGCAGCCAAACUCUGGAACAAGACGCUGGAGGAGC